AUGGCUGCUAAAGCUGAAGUCCUCAGCUGGACUGAGUACCCGGAGGAGUUCAGUCUAUUGCAUCAGGCGCAGACUCUCCAAGCGCAGAUUAACUCCAAAGCGUGGAUUGCUUCAAAUUCCUUGCAUGAGUUUUCAAGAAGAGACGGCUCCAGUGAGACGGCAGGCCUUUCACUUGUGCCAAAACUUCCAGAUCCUUCCACUGGAAUCACACACCGGAACAAAGCAGAUGAUGGGGCCAAGACGAGUCACUUUGGCCCUCAGAGACACAGGCGCGUGGCCGCCAAUGCGCGUGAGCGCAGACGGAUGCACGGCCUGAAUAAAGCCUUUGACGAGCUGCGGAGCGUCAUACCGUCACUGGAGAACGAGAAGAAGCUGUCCAAGUAUGACACGCUUCAAAUGGCACAGAUUUACAUCACAGAACUGUCCGAGCUGCUGGCAGGAGUGGUUCGUCAGGACUGCGGGGACACAGCCGAUAAAGCGCCCAGAAGAAGUCUACUGCAUUCUCACCAUACUGCGGAUUGUGUCCCACAGACCGGUCCGCCGACCCUGGAGGAGAGAGAUGCGUCUACAGCAGUGGGACACUUCAUUAUCCUCGGGCCGCAGUCGGAGGCGGGCAUGAGCUCCGCGCACAGCAGUGAUGGAGAGUCCUCUCACCUCAGCGACUUCGAGGAAAGUCUAAACGGGAGACAGUAA